AUGCACUUUGUUGUAUCCCCAGUUAUAUUUCCAGGUUAUAUGGAUGGAGAAUGUGCAAAGAAGUCAGAGUCCAAAGCACAAAUUCUAAAGUGUGCAGGAACCGCAAGUUCUCAAAAGAGCCUACAGGACAGCAAGAAAGCACCAAAAAAAGAAAUAGCCACAGAUUCCACUGAAUCUGUGCUUCCAAUACAAAAAGGAGAGUUAAAAAGAACAACAAAAGGCACUGAAUUGGAAAAACAGAAGAAAGGAAGAGAGGCCAAGGUAGACAGCAAUGCUGAAAUAACAAAAAGACAAGAAUCCCAAAUAAAGAAGAUUGAUUCCAGAAUACCAGAAACACUUGAAGCUCAAAAGAAAAUGAGAGGAAAUGAAAUAUCAAUAGGACAGGAAAUCCAAAAAAAUAAAAGUGAAAUAGUCAGUGUGAUAAGACGUGAGGAAGAUGUACCAGGACAGAAAGUCCAAACAAAGAAAAGUGAGUUAAGAAUUAAGAUAGGAAAUGAAGAAGACGUACCAGGUCAGGAAGUCCACAAAAAGAAAAGUGAGCUGAGAAGUUUAAUAGGAAGUGAGGAAGACGUACCAGGACAGGAAGUCCACAAAAAGAAAAGUGAGCUAAGAGGUAAGAUAGGAAAAGAGGAAGACGUACCAGGACAGGAAGUCCACAAAAAGAAAAGUAGAAGAAGUGAGAUAGGAAGUGAGGAAGACGUGCCAGGACAGGAAGUCCAAACAAAGAAAAAUAGAAGAAGAAGUGAGAUAGGAAGUGAGGAAGACGUACCAGGACAGAAAGUCCAAACAAAGAAAAGUGAGCUAAGAAGUGAGAUAGGAAGUGAGGAAGAAGUACCAGGACAGGAAGUCCAAACAAAGAAAAGUGAGCUAGGAAGUGAGAUAGGAAGUGAGGAACAAAUAUUAGGACAGGAAGUCCAAACAAAGAAAAGUGAGCUAAGAAGUGAGAUAGGAAGUGAGGAAAACAUACCAGGACAGGAAGUCCAAAGGAAGAUAAGCCGGAGAAAAGAGUCAGGACAGGAAGUUCAAAAGCAGACAAGUGAGGAAAAUUAGGAGAAGGACAAGAAGCCCAAGAAAAUAAGGGCUCUGCUGAUAAAGGGUAUAAAGGCAAAAUAAAGAAGAUGCAGAAAAAAAUCGAGAUGAAA